GAGCCCCUGUCUCGAUUGACGUGAAUUUGGGGAGCAAAGCAGACUCCCCUGAUCGAGCUAACUAGUAAGCUGGCCACAGCCAUAACGCCGAGUGUCACUGUGAUUUUUUUGGGUACAAGUUGUCGAAAAAAAGCAAAACUUUCCCGUCGAUUUAGCUCUGCGAUACAAAGGGGAGAGUAGAGCGAAUGAUGUGCUUAUAUUCUUGAUAGUCGCUUUAUUGCCGAUCCCGCUGAGUUGAUAAUGCUUAAAAUGAAGCUGCCCGGGAGAACGGCGGAGGAAGGGGGGAUGGCCGAGGACGAGCAGGACGGGACCGGCGGCGGGCUGCACAUCCCAGGAUCGGCUCCGCACACGCCUUCCAACAGGUCGGAGGACGCCGCACGGACGCUGGGAUGCCCCCUGCUCCAGCUGGAUAAGGAGGCGGUCUUCGAGUGGUUCGGCUUGCACCUGAGUCCAGCCAGGCGGAUCGAGUUCAUGUGCGGGCUGCUGCACAUGUGCCAGCCGCUGGAACUGCGAUUCUUGGGCUCUUGCCUGGAGGACCUGGCGCGGAAGGACUUCCACGUCCUCCGGGACUUCGAGAUCAGGGCGAACAGCCCGAGCGAGCUGGGCCUCCUGGCGGACAUUGGCGAACCGGUGGUGCGCUCCAAGCUGCUGGUCUCCCUCUCCCUCCUGGGAUCCGAGAACCGGGAGUGCGCUGGGAUACUCUUCCGCAUUUUGAGCCAUGUGGAUUCGGCGCUGAGCACUAAAAGCUACGGCCUGCCCGUGCCGUCCCGCCGGGACUCCCAGCAUUUCGACGCGGGCAGAGCGGAGCCCUGCUGCGGGCCUAAGCCGGAGGCGGGGUACGGUGCCCCGGAGCAGCUGGCGCUGCUUUUUACCAUGGCCUCCCUGCACCCGGCCUUCCCGUUUCACCAGAGGGAGACUAUCAGGGUUCAGCUGGAGAAAGUGAUGGAAGAGGAGAGGAGAGACCGCCAGCACGGUGCCAGCGCUCGGAACAAGCUUCCAAAACGGGAUUACCUCUCCCCCAGCACUGAGACCAAAAUGACCAGCAGAGCUCAGUCACCCAGACCUGGCCAGCCUCCGGCAAGGAGCUUCCAAAAAGAAGCCGUGUACAUCGAGAAGAUCGUGCUGAGGGGGGUGUCGCGCAGCAGGACCGAGAGGGAGUACAGCUUUGUGUUGAAGUGGUCUGAUUCCACAUCAAGCAACGUAACGAAAACUCAUCUCCAACUGGAGAACUUCUUGUUAAAGUUUCCAAAGGAGCAGGCUGUGGACUCCUUUGAGAAGGCCAUCCUGAGGUUACUGAGCCAGGGGGACGUGCUGGAGGGCAGGGAGCUGGAGGGGACACUCAGGGAGAGGUUCCUGUCCACGCCGCCUGCUUUUCGCAAGUCUGCCAAGGUCUGUAGCUUCUUCCUGUCGGACUCGUCCAGCCCAGGCUGCAGCCAUUGUACGGCACCCCCCCUGGGGAAGCCUGCCACAGCAGGCGAGCACUUCGUGGAGGACGGUUCCGAGGCCUCGAGCCAGGAGGAAGGUGCGCAUAUGGAGUCUUUCAUUCUUGGGUACCGCAAGAAGCCUGGCAGCAAGAGCCCGAGCCUCGGACUCCAGGGUGUAAGGAGCCCACAGACUGACAGUCGGAGACCCCCCCACCCAGAGCUGAACGGAGUGACAGACUGGAGGAGGAAGAAUCCUGUGCAGAAGUCUGGCCCGGAUCCCUGUGGGGCAGGACCACAGAAGCACCCCAGCGAUGAGAAACGGACCGGGCCGCCCGCCAUCAAGAGCAAAGCGAGAGCUUCGGCAGCAGACAGGGAGAAGCUGAAGAAGCCAGAGGCCAGGGCGGCUUCUACCUCUAAUGGGGUGGGCAGACCGGGCCCUCCGCAGCUCACGCGGCAGACGGGCAGCAAAGGGCUGGGCCCCGAUGCGUACGGCGAGACGUCCUCGGAGAGCUACAGCCCCCCCUCCAGUCCGCAGCAUGAUGGGAGGGAGAGCCUGGAGAGCGAGGACGAGAAGGACAGAGAAACGGACAGUAACUCCGACGACUCCAGUAAAGGCAGAGCAGACAGCUUCCUGCCCAGCAGUAAGCCUGUAGGGGGCGCCGUCGUGGCCACCGUGCGACCCAUGCUGCCCGGAGCGCAGCGGGACGGACCCCCAGCCCCUCCAGAGCUCUCCCCGAUGGCCUUCAUGCAGCCUGUGGCAUUUGUGGUGCCAAACGGCACCAGCAGGACAGAGAAGCCAGCUGGAGGUGUGAUGGUGCCGCUGCCUGCCGCCUUCCGCGAGCCCCUCGCCACAGGCCCCCUAGGGGACGUCGAGAAGCAUCCGCCGGCACCCCCCUCACAGCUGGGCCUGCCGGCCCCCGCCAGCCCAGCCACCCAGCCCCUGGUUCAGCGGUUCAAGAUGGCCCCCGUCCCCAGCCCCGCUCCUGGCCCACCGAUCUCGGAGGGCGGGGCCUCCGCCACAGUGCACCAGCCACCAAUGGGCGCCAUCAGCGUGAUCCCGCCCAGCCCCGCCUACGUGUCCCCCCUGCAGGCGGCCUUCCCCAGCACAGAGCCUUCCUUGCCGGAGCUCCAUCCCAAAGCCCCAGGGAUAUCUCUGCCCUCCGCCCUGCCCUCGUCCUACAGCCUCGCCGCCCCCACGCUUGCCGGGCCCCCGGCUUCCUCGGCCACCUCCACGCCGGGCCAGUCGCAGGCCGCCACGGUGCCCCCGCAUGUUCCUGGCCCCGCCCCCACGCCGAACCCCGCCCUGACGCACAGCACCGCCCAGAGUGACAGCACCGCCUUCAUCAACAGCCCCGCCCCUCAGCCGCCACAGCCCGGCCCUCCUCAGCCAGCCGGCUGCGGUGCCUGCGGUUGCCGUGGCAGCUGCGGAAACAUGCACCCGCCCAGCUACUGCUAUGCACCCCAGAUGGCGCGGCAGGCUUUCAGCAUGCAGCCCUUCCUGCACCUGACGUCGCUCUGUGGCGGCGGGGGCGGGGCCUACCUCAGCCAGGGGGCCGGGAGCACCGGCGCCACCCAGCUGCCCUUCUUCCCGGCGGCGCCUUCGCCCUACGGCGGCGGGCCGCUGCUGCACACGCCCUCCGAGCCCGUGCUGGGGGCCCAGGCCGGCUACGGCCUGCAGCACCUGGCCGCCUUCGGCCGCUUUUACCAGCCGCUCUUCCCGUCGGUGGGGGUGCUGCCCGGCCUGAAGAAGGGCGCCGGCGCGUCCUGCUACAACUGUGGGGUCAGUGGGCACUAUGCACAGGACUGCAAACAGCCCUCCAUUGACGCAGCGCAGCAAGGUAAUGUUACCACAGUCAGGGGGAGGGACUGGAGAGGACCCCUACUAACCCUGCCGUUCCCCCCCAAGUGAGAAGAGCCGCCGAGCUGCCUCCCCCCGCACAGUCAAUGCUUAGGCGCGCAAGGUUGACUUUUGCCUGCGGGGGGCGCCCUCCACCAGCCUACAAGACUUUAAGAGGAGGAAGGGGCUGUACAGUGGUACAGCAGCACGCACCCCACCCCCCCCGUUGAUGCCCAAGCUGUGGGGUCUUUUUUUCCCCCCUUCCUUUAUUUAUAUGUCUGAAAGCGGGACUGGCUGUCAGUAGGCGCCCAUGUGGAGUUAGGGCCCUUAGAGCCUCUCGUUUUUGCCUCAUUUUUUCCUCCAUUUUUCUUCUUCCUGCCACGGUCUCUCCAUGUCCCCUGGCAUGUGACGUGAUCCUCCCUCCCUCUCUGUCUUUCAGGUGGCUUUCGGCUGAAGAUCGUCGGCCCUCAUGCUUCUGACGGACUGGACAAAGCCGACUGAAGAUCACUGCAGCUCCGGUUCAGCCACAAAAAAAAUAUUCCAGAGGCCUGUAAUUUUUAAGGGUCCGUUUUUUUUUGUUUUUAAAUCCUACCACCUUUUAGAAUGUGCUUUGGGGGUUUGGAGAACCUGUAAAAAUGUUGUGCCUGAAACUCGCCUCUGCCAAGGUGAGAGGAAGCCCUCGCUGAUGGCGGACUCUCCUCCGCUGACGGUGGACUCUCCUCCCCGGACUCUGGGACUUUGCACUGAAGACCGGCGAGUGACACCUGACAUCUGUUUACAAAGUUAUUUUCUUAAAUUGUAAAAAUCACCAUGUCUCUUAAAGGAGUAUGAAGGCCUGGAGAUUUGAUCUUAUUCAGGGGGUGCAGGGAAAUUCUAUUAGGGUUUGGUUUGUGCGGGGGAGACUUUUAUCAUUGUAUAUGUCUGCUUCCUGUUCUCCGGUUCUUUCUGUAUGAACAACUUGCAGUCUUGGUGUCUCUCUGCAGGUCCGAUGUCAGCUCAUAGUUCAGACAGAUUUCAUUAACAUCUCAAUGCACAAUUUACUUAUAAAAAAAAGAGAAAAACUCUAAAACAGAACCAUAAUUGACUGUGUUGUAUCUGUGCCUCUGCCUUGGGUUAGAUUACAGAUGCGGAUGUUUAAAAGGUGGAAAUGCAAAGGAUUUUUCCAUGAGGGAAGGAAAACUAUCAAGGACUGUUACAGCAGCUAAUUGUCUAAAAAUGCAACUUUUAUAUUUAUUUAAAGUACAAUGUGUAAAUGUUUAAGAAUAUGGUUUGUAUGGACAUUUUUGCAUACCGCACACAUUUCCUGUGUUUCUGAAUUUCUUUGGAAACAGUUUUGAAUGUACAAUGUUUUAUUUGAAUUUCAUACUUUUCUGGCAGUUUCUUGAUGUUACAAAGUAAUUGUUUCAAAAGCAUCUGCAACUUGAUAAAAUGUGAAGCGUAUAUUAAGGAGUUAAUCGUCAUGUGUACGUCACGUCAUUACGUUUAAUGCUGCUCUGUUGUUAUUGUCAAUAUGCACUAUAGCUACUUGGAGUUAAUCCCCUUGGUCCGUAAGUGCACUGAGGCAGCGCUGCUCGGUGUGGGGGCGCCGCUGCCUACACACUUCGCCGUUAUGCAUUCAGUAUACCUUUUGGACAUUAUGCACUCCCGAUGUGGCCAGAAGAGGGCGUAGUUCAGAGGCGUCAUUGCUUGCACUGCAACGUUGAUUGGGAAGUGGUUGAUUUCCAUGCGAGCGUAUUGCAGUUUCUGUGGCGAGCCGACCGUAGCUUCUGUUGUGGUCACCCUGGAUGCAAAUUAGAUUAUUAUUCUCUUUUUGUUCUUUUCGUUUCUUCCCUCCAGCGGCAGAGGGAGGCCGCUCUGUCCGGCAUGCUUUGUGUACUUAUGCACGUGUUCACAUAUGUAGAGGCACACACACUAAAGCAUAAGACACUGGAGGCUGGAGAGGAUUUCUGAAAUUUUUAGGAACAUUCGAGAAGCACAUCUGUGUUUACUCUGUGGUGGGGAAUAUACGCGUCCUGUUUGCUUGAUUCCAGCCAGUUCCAAGAAAAUGGGAUUUUCAGUUUUCUUUCUUUCUUGGAGGUCUCUGACCGAUUGUCAGAGAGAACUUUAUCCUUAGUUUCUUUAAAAUGGUGAAAAUGGUUUUAAAAGUAUUUAACACUCCGAGUUGCGCGUACAAGUCCUUCCUUUUGUAAUGGCGAAAACGAUAUCAUUUAUAUUGACGUAAAAUGAACAGUGGGUGAUGUGGAAUUUAUUUUGAUUAAAAUCGCAGUUAAUGCAUAAAAAAUAAGGAAGAAUAAAUGUGGAUUAGGUAUUUGAGCUGAGUGACCUACGUGAUCAUAUAGACUACAUCGGAACCUCCCGUUUGUUAAAUUUCUACAAAGGAUUGAAAUGCUGUGUUACUAGGAGGGCAUAUUACCUCCAGUCUGUUUACUGUACUUUGAUAUUUAAAUGUUGUGUACUAAUUAGUAAGGUAAAUAUUUCUAAAGCAAAGUUGACUUUUAUGCAAAUUGAUCCCCUCCCCCAAGAUUUUUUCAGCAAUAAAUAAAAUUUAUCACACUCUGA